GCUCGCUCAUAUACAGCGCCUCCGCGACUACGCCAGGCGGCUGGAGCAGGGUGGCUAGCUGGUCACGAUAUGCUGUGCAUGCAGCCGCUGCAGUGCUAAUGUUUAUUGAUUCCAUGGAGAUGGCGGUGGUGUGUUCAAUUUAGAAUAAAUCAGAAUGGACCGUGAGCCUGGUCAUCUACCAUUUGAUGUGAAGGAUAAGGUCUCUUCUCUUAUAUGGAUCAAGGCAGUGGCUGCUGGUAAUGCAGGGGUUGGAAAAACAUGCAUCAUCAAGCAUUUCUGUGAAGACAAAUUUUCCCAUGGGUAUCAACCAACAGUUGGAGUGGACUAUGGCUUCAAAAUACAAAAUAUAUCGAAUGUUGAUUUGAGAGUUCAUCUAUGGGAUUUAUCAGGCCAUUCUGAUUACCAGGAAGUAAGGAAUGAAUUGUUCAGUGACACUCAGGCAUGCUUCUUAGUGUUUGAUGUGACAAACAGACAUUCCUUUGACAACCUAGAAUUCUGGUUGAAGGAAUUAAACAGGUACUGCACAUCACCAAGCCAUGUUGUGGUAGUAGCUAACAAGAUUGAUAUCAAGGCAAAGCGUGUGAUACAGUCAGAUGAAGCAACGAGAUGGGCUGCUGCUAAGAAAGUCAAAUACUAUGAGACUUCAGCCUUUAAUGGUGAAGGAAUCACACGAAUGUUCGCUGAAGUUCUUCAAGAAGUGAUGACAAAAUCCAGUCAUGGCACAAGAUGACACACCCACAGGGUGACCUACUUCCUAAUCUGACUGGAGAGAGAGGCUAGUCAGCUCAGUCGAUAAUAGUAUCUGCCUGUUGAUCAAAUAUAGUGGGUUUGAGUCCAGAAUCCACUCAGAUGACUGAAGCAGCCAUCACUGUGUGUUUUCAUGCUCCUCCUCUGGUCCACAUACAGGCUAGGUUACAAUGGAAAACACUUCAUUCCCUGUUUAGGACGAUCAGUGGAGGCAUUUGUGUGGGACAGUCACCACCUGUACAUUAGCCACAUAGUAGUCAGUGUUCAUGUGUAUUGCAUCAUAAUUCACUGACACCAGAUUUGGUUGAAUUACCAAUUAAUGUGUCUGUGUUUGCAAAUGUUUCUGAAACAGUGAACGUGCGGUCCCACCAGAAAAAAUACUCCAACUUGCCUUUAUUUCAUUAGGGUGAGGGAAAUUUGAUAUCAUACUAGGCGUGUCUUCAUCAGCUCGAGAUUGCCAAAUAGCCCGCUAUUUCUGAUUUGGGAAAUAAUCCCGAAGUUACAAAUCACGUCUUCAUCAGCUCGAGAUUCGACCUCGAAACUGGAAACUCGACCUUGAGAAAUUAGUUUUGUUUGAGGGCAGAAAUUUUGAUGACUCCAUAAAAGUCAGGAAUGAAAUGAAUAGCAUUCGUUGUGAAGAAGUGGAGAAAGAGAAUUGGAUAAUCUACAUGUACACUGUUUACUGAUCACUUUAUGGCUUUUAAGAUCAUGUCAUAAUUUACAGUAUUUGUGAUAAUGUAUUCUAACAGAAUUGCACAAAUUUUUCAUGAACUGGUAAAAAUGUCAUUGCCAUUAAAUUAGUUGAAUUGUUGACUAAUUUCCUGAGAAUGCCUUUGGAAAAUGAUUGUUUAUGAAUUUUGAUAAUGAAAAGUCAACAAGUCAAACAAAUUAUGACUAGCAAGAAUGGCAAAACAUUAUAAAUACUGCUUUAAUUUAUUUUUGCAGUCCAGUCAGGCAAUAUAUUUGAUCCCUUGGUUCAUCACUUAUUGUCAUUUAGGAUCAUGCAUUGCAAAUAUACAUGUUUGUUUGUGAAACAUUGAUUAAUUGUUUAAACCCAAACAUAUGGUAAAAUCAUGAAGAAUAACAUAUUCAUAUUCAGCUAAAUUGGUAUGUGAUAAACAUGUUGAUGUGUGUGCCAAAAUGGCUGAGUUGAAAUAUCUUUGUAAUUAAAAUUCAAGUUUUUCAACAGAAUGUGAGGUACUUUUUAUGUUAAAGAAGUACAUGUAUUCACUAUACCGUAACCGAUUAAAGUGUGUGACAGUUAACUUUCACAGGUGGUCAGUCCACCAUAAAAGACCCUGUUGGAAGUGAAAAAUGGAAAAAAAUGAAUUAUAUAUCAACGGUAAGGAAUCAACGGAAAGCAUAUGACCCAUAGAUUACAAUAAUAUCAUAUUACCAUGAAUAUCAUGAAUUUAGUUGUCUUUAGUUGGUGCCCAAUCUGAUCAUUUUCUUUUCCCAUUUGUUAAAAAAAAAUGGCUGAUUUUUGUAAUAGUUUGUCACUUUGUCUAUCUUACAGAUUUGUAUUUUGUUCCUUUUAGACACUGUCAUGGUAUUAAUUGAAUUAUAUAUAUUUGUAUAAUAAUAAAACCUUAACAAAAAACAAAAA